CUCGCGAGAUUUCGUUCCAGGAACUUCCACGUCAGUAUCGUCCAGUCGUCUGUUCACUGUAAUCGCAACACUCGAACCCCGACUGCUACUGUUCAGAGAACGUUUAUCGGAUUCUAUUGCCACAACACGGGGAUAAAACAUGCCUCUGAGGCUGGAUAUCAAGCGGAGGCUGACAGCCAGGUCAGACCGAGUGAAGAGUGUGGACCUUCACCCAACCGAGCCAUGGAUGCUGGCUAGUCUGUACAACGGCAGUGUCUGUGUGUGGAACCAUGAAACACAGACCCUUGUUAAGACCUUUGAGGUGUGUGAUCUCCCUGUCCGGGCCUCUAAGUUUGUGGCAAGGAAGAACUGGGUCAUCACUGGAGCAGAUGACAUGCAGAUCCGUGUGUUCAACUACAACACCUUAGAGCGGGUCCACAUGUUUGAGGCCCACUCGGACUACAUCCGCUGCAUUGCAGUCCAUCCAACACAGCCCUAUAUCCUCACCAGCAGUGAUGACAUGUUGAUCAAGCUGUGGGACUGGGAGAAGAAGUGGUCGUGCAGCCAGGUGUUUGAGGGUCACACUCACUAUGUCAUGCAGAUUGUCAUCAACCCCAAAGACAACAACCAGUUUGCCAGUGCUUCCCUGGACAGGACUAUUAAGGUUUGGCAGCUGGGCUCUUCCUCUCCCAAUUUCACUUUGGAGGGUCACGAGAAAGGAGUCAACUGCAUUGACUACUACAGUGGAGGAGACAAGCCCUACCUCAUUUCAGGGGCUGAUGACCGCCAAGUCAAGAUCUGGGACUACCAGAACAAGACCUGUGUGCAAACUCUUGAGGGCCAUGCCCAGAAUGUCUCUUGUGUCAGCUUCCACCCAGAGCUGCCCAUCAUCAUCACUGGAUCAGAGGAUGGUACGGUGCGUAUCUGGCACUCAAGCACUUACCGCCUGGAGAGCACCCUGAACUACGGCAUGGAAAGAGUGUGGUGUGUGUGUGGCCUCAGGGGUUCCAACAAUGUGGCACUAGGCUAUGAUGAAGGCAGCAUUAUUAUCAAGGUGGGUCGAGAGGAGCCGGCCAUGUCUAUGGACACAAAUGGAAAAAUCAUCUGGGCUAAACAUAGUGAAAUACAGCAAGCCAACCUGAAGGCAAUGGGUGACGCUGAAAUCAAGGAUGGAGAGAGGCUACCAUUGGCUGUUAAAGACAUGGGCAGCUGUGAGAUCUACCCCCAAACCAUACAACAUAACCCCAAUGGAAGGUUUGUUGUGGUGUGCGGGGAUGGAGAGUACAUCAUCUACACUGCCAUGGCUUUGAGGAACAAGAGCUUUGGCUCAGCGCAGGAGUUUGCCUGGGCACAUGACUCAUCAGAAUAUGCCAUCAGAGAAAGCAACAGUAUCGUCAAAAUCUUCAAAAAUUUCAAAGAGAAGAAAUCUUUCAAGCCCGACUUUGGAGCUGAAGGGAUCUAUGGAGGCUUCCUACUUGGGGUGAGGUCAGUCAAUGGCCUGGCGUUUUACGACUGGGAGAACACAGAGCUGAUCCGUCGCAUUGAGAUCCAACCGAAACAUAUCUUCUGGUCAGACUCUGGUGAACUGGUCUGCAUCGCCACAGAGGAGUCCUUCUUCAUUCUGCGUUACAUGUCAGAAAAAGUAGCCUCCUCUCAAGAAAACAAUGAAGGCGUGACUGAGGAUGGUAUUGAAGAUGCUUUUGAGGUCCAGGGAGAGAUCCAGGAGAUUGUAAAGACUGGACUCUGGGUUGGAGACUGCUUCAUCUACACAAGCUCUGUGAACCGGCUGAACUACUACGUUGGAGGAGAAAUUGUCACUAUUGCUCACCUAGACAGAACCAUGUACCUGCUGGGUUACAUACCCAAAGAUGACCGCCUGUAUCUGGGAGACAAGGAACUCAACAUUGUCAGCUACUCCCUGCUGGUCUCCGUCCUGGAGUACCAGACUGCUGUUAUGAGGAGGGACUUUGGAAUGGCUGACAAGGUGCUGCCCACAAUUCCUAAGGAGCAGCGGACCAGGGUGGCCCAUUUCCUGGAGAAACAGGGUUUCAAGCAGCAGGCUCUAGCUGUGUCCACUGAUCCAGAACACAGGUUUGAGCUUGCGCUGCAACUGGGAGAGUUGAAGAUCGCCUACCAGCUGGCUGUCGAAGCAGAAUCUGAGCAAAAGUGGAAGCAGUUGGCAGAGCUGGCUAUCAGUAAGUGCCAAUUCGGCCUGGCCCAGGAGUGCCUGCACCACGCCCAGGAUUAUGGUGGCCUGCUGCUCCUUGCCACAGCCUCUGGUAACGCCACUAUGGUGGGCAAGCUGGCUGAGGGGGCAGAGAGGGAUGGCAAGAACAAUGUGGCCUUCAUGACCUACUUCCUGCAGGGGAAACUCGAUCAAUGUUUAGAGCUCCUGAUCAGGACAAACCGACUACCUGAAGCAGCCUUCCUGGCUCGCACUUACCUGCCCAGUCAAGUGUCUCGUGUGGUCAAACUGUGGAGAGAAAACCUGGCAAAGGUUAAUCAGAAGGCAGCUGAGUCCCUUGCAGACCCCACAGAGUACGAGAAUCUAUUCCCCGGGUUGAGAGAAGCCUUUGCAGCUGAGCAUUACCUGCGAGAAGCCUGCUUGGGCACCACCAGGCCUGCCACAGAUUAUCCUCUUGUCACUCUCAACGAAGACAGGAAUAUUCUUGAGGAGGCACAGGGAUAUGAGCCCAAAGGAACUUUCAUCCCUCAUGUUCCCAAGACUCAAGAAAGUGAGGAGUCUGUGGCAGCCGCUACUGUUGCUGUAGUUGCAGCUGCAGCUGUGACGCUUUCACAGCCUGAGCCUGCUGCUCCUACAGUAGUAGACAAAGAGGAAGAAGAAGAAGAGGAGGAGGAGGAGGAGGAGGAAGAAGAGGGAGAAGAGGAACAGGAAGAAAUUGCUGCACUGUCUCAAAAAGAGACCCUGGACGAGCUGGAGGUGGACUUGGAUAACAUGGAGCUUGAUGACAUUGAUACCACAGACGUCAACCUGGAUGAUGACUUCUUAGAUGAUUGAGACCUGCCUGGCUGCUCUGCUCUGCUCUGCUCCCUUCAGAGCUUAUUUAAAAAAAAACAAGAAAGAGACCAAACCCCCUUUCCCCCAUUUGUUUUUGUAUUUGUAUGUAAUAAUAUUAUAUUGUCAUCUUCGCCUAUUGCAAUGACAGGGUUCAUAUGGAUCAUUUUGAUGAUGAUUGGGGUGAUGAAGAAAUUAGUCAUAUUUUAUUCUCAGAAGAAAUAAGAGACAUCAUGCCUAUUUACAGAAACUCCAUUUUGUACACUGUUUAAAGAUAGCUUGAAAUGCUUUCACCGAUUCUCCAUUGAGCAAUAUGUUGUAUUUACUUCUUGCUUUGUGUUGUCUGUACCGGCAAAUCAAAAUUAAUUCUGUCCAAUAAACUGCAGUAGCUGUACAUA